GGACGAACGCUGAGGUUUUCAUCCUGAUUCUCCGUUGGUUUUAACGCGGUGAUCGGACCACCUUUGGAGGUGUAGGUUGUCCGUGGUAUUACGUCACGGCGGGUUGAGCCAAUGGGGUGGCAGCUCUCAGCCGGCGGGCGGCGGGCGGCUGCCGGAGGGAGAGGCUGAGGCACCGCCGCCGCUGGUGACCGGAUUCCCGCGGCGGGUGGCCGGGCGGGUGAAGGGUCCGCUCGGUGAGGGACAGGUGCACGAAGAUGCUUAUAGGCUGUAAAUGGGAAGAGAGGAAACCCACUGUCAAGAAUAGGUAAUCGGCAUAAUGGAUGAACAAGCUCUUCUGGGGUUGAGCCCAAAUGCAGAUGCCAGUUUCAGACAGAGGGCACUGGCAUACUUUGAACAGUUAAAGGUUUCCCACGAUGCAUGGCAGGUGUGUGCAGAAGCUUUAGCACAGGGAAUAUACAGCGAUGACCAUGUAAAGUUCUUUUGUAUUCAAGUAUUGGAACAUCAAAUUAAAUUCAGGUAUGCUGCUCUGACUGAAGCACAACACCAACUCAUUAGGCAAACCAUGAUGACCUGGCUGCAGGCUCAACUGGUGAAUCCACACCAAGAGAAGACGUUCAUCCGCAACAAAGCUGCUCAAGUCUUUGCUUUGCUUUUCUUAACUGAGUAUCUUACCAAGUGGCCCAAAUUCUUCUUUGAUCUGCUCUCGGUCGUUGGCCUCAAUCCUCGAGGAGUCGACCUGUAUUUGCGAAUCCUCAUGGCCAUCGAUGCAGAGGUGGUGGAUCGGGACAUAGUUCACACAGCAGAGGAGUGUAGGAGAAAUACCUUAAUCAAAGAUGCAAUGAGGGAACAAUGUAUACCAAAUCUCGUGGAGUCUUGGUACCAGAUCCUGCGCACCUAUCAACAAACCAACUCUGAACUAACAUGUCAGUGCCUUGAGGUUGUAGGAGCUUUUGUCUCCUGGAUUGACUUGAAUCUGAUAGCAAAUGAAAGGUUUGUAAACGUGUUGCUCAGUCACAUGUCAGUGGAAGUCCUCCGUGAGGAAGCCUGUGACUGUCUAUUUGAAAUAGUAAAUAAAGGCAUGGAUCCUAUUGAUAAGACUAAACUGGUAGAAUCGCUUUGUCAGGUGCUCAUGGCCUCUGGCUUCUUCAACACUGACCAGGAAGAUGAUGUUGACUUUCUGGCAAGGUUUUCCAAACUGGUUAAUGGCAUGGGCCAGGCUUUAAUAACGAGUUGGAGUAAACUGGUCAAAGCAGGGGAUGUGAAGAACAGCCAGGUCACCCUUCAGGCUGUGGAAGCUAAAGUGCCUCUUCUGCUUAAGUUGCUUGUGCAUGAAGAUGAUGACAUUUCCUCCAAUAUAAUUGGCUUCUGCUAUGACUAUCUUCACAUGCUCAAACAGCUCCCUGCCUUGACUGAACAGCAAAAGGCCAAUGUUGAGGCAAUUAUGCAUGCGGUUAUAAAGAAGUUAACAUACGAUGAAGAAUACAAUUUUGAAAAUGAGGGUGAAGAUGAAGCCAUGUUCCUCGAGUAUAGAAAGCAUUUAAAGUUGCUGUUGGACAGAUUGGCACAAGUUUCACCUGAAUUACUAUUAGCUACUGUUCAAAGGGUCUUUAACACAACGCUGGAGAACUGGCAGAACACAAGGUUCAUGGAUGUGGAAGUGGCUCUGAGGCUGUUGUUCAUGUUGGGAGAGGCAAUCCCAGCGUCCCACGGUGCCCACUUCUCUGGGGACAGUGCAAAAGCCGGUGCUUUGCAGGAGAUGAUGCACACAUUAGUGACAUCUGGAGUGAGUCAGUACCAGCAUACAUCAGUCACAUUGGAAUUUUUUGAAACUGUAGUUCGUUAUGAGAAAUUUUUUACUGUAGAACCACAGCACAUUCCUACUGUUUUGAUGUCAUUUUUGGAUCAUAGAGGAUUGCGUAAUAAUAGUCCAAAAGUGCGAAGUAGGACAGCUUACCUGUUCUCCAGGUUCAUUAAAUCUCUGAGCAAGCAUAUGAAUCCUUACAUAGAGGAUAUUCUGAACAGAAUACAAGAUUUACUGGUGCUUUCACCUUGUGAGAAUGGUUUCCAGACACUGUUGAGCAGCGAUGAUCAACUGUUUAUUUAUGAAACGGCAGGCGUACUAAUUGUGAAUAGCGAAUACCCAGCAGAGAGGAAGCAGACUUUGAUGAGGGACUUGCUCACUCCACUAAUGGAGAAAUUCAAGGUAUUUUUAGAGAAACUCCUAACAGAGCAGGACGAAGAGAGGCAAACUGUACUGGCAGACUGCUUAAAUCACGCUGUGGGCUUUGCAAGCCGCACCAGUAAGGCCUUCAGCAACAAGCAGACCGUGAAGCAGUGCGGUUGUUCAGAAGUGUAUCGCGACUGUCUGCAAACAUUCCUGCCAGCUCUAAGUUGCCCUUUGCAGAAGGAAGUGCUACGGAGUGGAGUUCGGACAUUUCUUCACAGAAUGAUCAUCUGCUUAGAGGAGGAAGUUCUUCCGUUCAUUCCUACUGCUUCAGAACACAUGCUCAAGGACUGUGAGGCAAAGGACCUUCAAGAAUUUAUUCCACUUAUUAAUCAGAUUACAGCAAAAUUUAAGACACAAAUUUCGCCAUUUUUACAGCAAGUAUUUAUGCCUUUGGUUCAAGCUAUCUUUGAAGUAUUGGCACGACCUGCAGAAGAAAAUGACCAAACUGCCGCUCUUGAAAACCAAAUGCUACGCCGAAGUUACUUUGCAUUUCUUCAGACUGUUGCAGGGAGUGGGAUGAGUGAGGUCAUUGCUAAUCAAGGUGUACAGAAUGUAGAACAAGUCCUGUUUACAGUCAUUCAAGGGGCAGUGGAAUUUCCAGAUCCGAUUGCCCAGAAGACUUGCUUUAUUAUCCUUUCAAAACUUGUAGAGCUUUGGGGGGGUAAAGAUGGUCUUUUAGGAUUUGAAGACUUCAUCUACAAACACAUUGUGCCUGCUUGUUUUUUGGCACCUCUGAAACCAACAUUUGAUUUAGCUGAUGCGCAGACUGUCUUGGCUUUAUCAGAGUGUGCGGUAACAUUGAAAACAAUUCAUCUCAAGAGGGGGCCUGAAUUCAUUCAGUAUCUUCAGCAGGAAUAUUUGCAGUCAUUACAGGUAGCCCCAGAAAUAAGCCAGGAGUUCUGUCAAGCACUUCAGCAACCUGAUGGCAAAAUUUUUAAAAAUUAUCUAAAGGUGUUCUUUCAGCGAGCGAAGCCUUGAGAAUGAAUCUGGAUUUUUGUUUUAGCAUCUCAAAAAUCUCUCCGUUUCACUUAAUUUAUGCAGUUUGCUGAAAUUGAUUCUUAAUUACAUUGGAAAAAGCCUUGUGCAGUUCCCAGAAAGGCUGUUUUGUGUAGGCUGCAUAUUUUAGCUCAUUAUUUAAAUUACAUUAAAGUAAUUUGUUAACCGAUUACUUAUUGUCUUAUUAGACAUUUAUUGAGAAAGUGUCAGUGCUAUUGCCUAAACACUCAUUCCUGUACAAUAAACUGAAUUAUGUGCUGUAGUAUGAAUGCAGCAUCUGAAUGCCAUAAUACACAAGUCUCAUAUUUUUUGAAAAAAGAUUCAGAUGAGAAGAGUUCACUGUAAAAUAUGGAAUUGUUCUUGUUAAUAGUGGUUGGCCAUCACAUUAUAUGUAAAUUUCUAUGGCUUGAUGAGAAAACGUUUGUCGAAGAUGUCUAAUAAGCUAAACAUGAAUUUCAGUCCCGGGCAUAUAAUGAACUAAAAUAAAUUUCAGUCAGAUGUCUUUUCCAA